AGAGAGAUGGUGUGUGUAUGUGCGCGCGCGUGUGUGUGUGUGUGUGUGUGUGUGCGCGCGCGCGUGUGUGUGGUGGCGGGGACACUGGGAGAGACCAGCAGAUGGAGUGGGAGGGCUGGAGCCUGAAAUGGGGAGAAUGGGAUUUAGAGACAGGUGUGGAGACAAAGAGCCAGAGGGAAGGGAGGAGCAGGCAGUGGAAGAGGGUGCGAGAUCCCGGUAGACUGAGAUCAGACAACAGGCAGAGGCCAGACAACCCAGACGGAGGAGCGGCGAGAAGCCGACGGGGAGACGGACCUCGAUGUGGGGUCGAGAGAGGAAUGGAGGCCGAGGCGGUCACGAGGACAGAAAGAACAGUAAGACCCCGCCGCCAUGUUCCCGGAGCCCCCAACACCGGGGCCUCCAGCGACCGACACGCCUCCUGACUCGAGUCGCAUCAGCCACGGCCCUGUGCCCCCCUGGGCUCUGGCCACCAUCGUGCUGGUCUCAGCCCUCCUCGUCUUCAGCUGCUGUUUCUGUCUCUACCGGAAGCGUUGUCGGAGGCGGAUGGGCAAGAAGAGCCAGGCUCAAGCCCAGGUCCACCUUCAGGAAGUGAAGGAGCUGGGCCGGAGUUACAUAGACAAGGUGCAGCCAGAAGUGGAGGAGCUGGAGCCGACACCAUCUGGGCCAGGGCAGCAGGUGGCAGAGAAGCAUGAACUAGGACGACUACAGUACUCACUGGAUUAUGAUUUCCAGAGUGGCCAGCUGCUGGUGGGCAUCGUGCAAGCUGAGGGAUUGGCAGCCUUGGACCUAGGUGGCUCCUCUGACCCCUACGUGCGGGUUUACCUGCUGCCAGACAAACGGAGGCGGCACGAGACCAGGGUGCAUCGGCAGACGCUGAACCCACACUUUGGGGAGAACUUUGCCUUCAAGGUCCCCUACGUGGAGCUGGGGGGCAGGGUACUGGUCAUGGCAGUAUACGACUUCGACCGCUUCUCCCGCAACGACUCCAUUGGGGAGGUGCGGGUCCCCAUGAGCUCCGUGGACUUGGGGCGGCCAGUGCUGGCCUGGCGGGAGCUGCAGGCGGCUCCUCGGGAGGAGCAGGAGAAACUAGGUGACAUUUGCUUCUCCCUCCGCUAUGUCCCCACGGCCGGGAAGCUCACCGUCAUCGUCCUGGAGGCUAAAAACCUGAAGAAGAUGGAUGUAGCAGGGCUGUCAGAUCCGUAUGUCAAGGUCCACCUGCUGCAGGGUGGCAAAAAGGUGCGGAAGAAGAAAACGACCAUCAAGAAGAAUACUCUGAACCCCUAUUACAACGAGGCCUUCAGCUUCGAGGUGCCCUGUGACCAGGUCCAGAAGGUUCAGGUGGAGCUGACUGUGCUGGACUAUGACAAGCUGGGCAAGAACGAGGCCAUCGGGAGGGUGGCCGUAGGGGCAGCGGCCGGGGGCGCUGGGCUGCGGCACUGGGCAGACAUGCUGGCCAACCCCCGGCGGCCCAUCGCCCAGUGGCACUCGCUGCGGCCCCCUGACCGAGUGAGGCCACCGCCAGCACCCUGAUACCCACCCUCAAGCCCCUGACCCCAGACUCCUGUCCAAAGCCACGUCCAUGCCCACCUAUAAGCCUUCUCUGAACGCUAACACCCCCCCCACUCUACCCAUUCCUGCCUUCUCCCCAUCCCCAUUAUGCCAAUCAUGAUAACCUGCCAACUCCCCCAAUAUGGCACAUGCCCCAAAGCCCCAGGGACCCCUGGGGGAGGAGGAGAGCAGUCUGGUCUCCCGCCAUCCCAGGGUCUCGCCCUCUGCUUUGACAAUCAGUGAUCCCAGCCUACUAUCCCCUUGGCUCCCAGUAUCCCUUUUCCUGCACAGUAUCACCCACUCCUGUCCCCGGUCUGAUUCCUGCACCGCUCCUGGGACCAAAUAAAUACUCAGCAACUUU